CUGCGAAGUGACGGGACGGACGGACGGGUCGACUUGGUCGCGACGAGUCGACGGACGGGUUGAAGACGGACAUAUACUUGUUCGUUGUUGUCUCGUUUCACUCUUUCUGUUACAGUUUCCUCGCGCCGUUUAGCUGAAUCUUGAUGACUGUCGAGUUUUAUCUGAUCUUGGAUUCCUUCAUACGAGAAAAGUAAACCACUUCUUAGCUACAUGCAUUUACUAUCUAUAAUCACUCUCAACUAGCUGAUAAAGAUAAGCCCCAUCUCGAUAACUUAUUCUCAAGGUGGAUGAAGCCACCGACAUAAAAGCCUUGCUCGUUAGUUGGGAUGUAAGCUCUUGAAUAUCCAGAAAAAAAAAUGGCCCGUAAAGUGCUGCUUGUUGGAAGCGGAAUUACAGCAGCCGUUACAGGGGCCUUGCUUCGUCAAAAAAUGAGAGAAAAGAUUUCUUUGACCAUCUGGGACAAAGCUCGAGGGGCAGGUGGAAGAAUGGGUACUUCCCGCAGCCCAGGAGAUGCAGAGUGUAUUGCUGAUUUAGGAGCCCAGUACAUUACUGUUUUGCCGGAAAAUUUUGAAAAAAAUAGAGAGAUCUAUGGGAAUCUUUUGGACAAGCACAUACUUGAACCAAUGUCUGUUGGAGCUGUCAAAGGCCUGAAAGAAUUCCCUUCUGGUACGCAGCAUUUUGUGACACCCAAUGGAAUGAGUUCUCUCGUCAAAUAUUUUAUUGGAUUGAGUUCUCCUGAUGCUACCAUGUUCUUACAUCAUGUAACUGCUAUCAAUAAAACGGGUGAAAAACUUCAGGUGGAAACUACAACAGGCACAAAGGAAGAAUUUGAUGUAGUCAUUCUCACACUUCCAGCACCCCAAGUACUCCAGUUAUCAGGAGAUUUGCCAGACUUGAUCAACAAUCAACAAGAUUUGCGGACUGGAUUCGAAGCAGUAAAAUUCAGUUCCCGAUAUGCACUUGCUUUGUACUUUAACAGUGGCGAUGGACAACAUGAACCGUGGGCAGCUAAAUACAUAGAUGGCCAUCCAGUUUUCCGUUAUGUAGCUAUUGAGAAUAGGAAAAGAAAUAGACCUGAGCAGCCACCGGCUGCUGUUUUUCACUCAAGCAUUCAAUAUGGAAAAGAAAAUUUAGAAAAUACUCUGGUUGAAAUGGAGCCAGUGCUGCUUGCAGAAUAUAAAAACUUAUUCCAAGGUUGGCCAAAACCAGCAGCAGUCAAGUGCCACAAAUGGCGAUAUUCUCAGGUGACAACAAAUUUUCCGGGAAACCGUGGGUGCGCCGUCAUUCUCAAGAAACCACUCCUGAUAAGUGGAGGUGAUUCCUUUACAGGAUCUGGAUUUGAUAAUUGUCUUUAUUCUGCAAACUCCGUUGUGGAUGAAGUUGUGGAAUUUCUCAAAUUAAGAUAAGUUUUCAAUUAUGUUCUUGAUCAUGUUAUAUGUGCAGUCUUAUUUUUAUAUAAACUACAAUUCUUUUAGUUGUA